AUGUCAGACCCUGCCUUCGUCCAGCUACUGGACAUGGGUAUCCCAGGUGGACGAGCUAGAGCAGCGUUGCAAAGGACAAAAGGGGAUGUCAUGUCAGCUGCCGAAAGAGUCUUUGCUGGUGAAUUCGACGAUAUACCUUCCGACGAUGAGGAGGAAGUAUCCAACAAAGCCAGUUCAAGUAAAGGCAAGGAAGUGAUUGUGGUGGAAGAUAGUGAUGAAGAUAUGGAAGGAAGUGACGCCGAGAGCGGGAGUGAGGAAGGAUUGGUAGAUGGGUUUGAGGAUGACGGUGAAAUACCAGAAGACAAACUUCUUUCCGACCCAUACGCUGGUAUAUUCUUCUCCAAAGACCGAAUAGAAAAAGUGAUCGAACCUGUAGAGGAACAUAGACAUGUGAAGAUCUCGGCAUCAGCAGGAACCCAAUAUAACGUGAAGAUAUUGGGAAGGGGUGAAUGGAUGUCUGGGUGUCCCGAAGGGAAUGAACAAAGUUUCCUCUUUCAACUUUACUCGAUGUUGGCUGAAGGGAAUAUGGGCUGUUCUGCUGGAUGUGGAUAUCAGUUUAAGAGGAAGCAAGUGGAUUUCUUUGUCCUUUUCCCUGAUUUCCCCGCAUUCACCACUUAUCUAAGCAGCAAAAUCCGGCCAACGUGUCCUCAGUGUCAUCAAAUCACCUGUCUGGCAUGUGGUGAAAAGGUGGACCGUCAUGGCAAGCAGCCCGAAGACAUCUUGCUGCAUUGCCCCAACCUUCAAGGUGUCAUCCUCGGAGUCGGACUACACAUGAUAGAAGAAGCUUUCUCAGAGGGUAGUGACAGUAAAUCUUUAUCUUCCAGCGCUUCCGGCACUGCAAACGCCCCUCCCGUGAAGAAACAGAAAACAUUCCUUGGUGGAUUGACGAAAGAUAAACAUGAUACAGAUCGAGUGGACGACACGUUGGAAGAUGAUUCAUAUUCUUCGGGUUUGGGUUUGGUACAAAAGGUGGUCAGUAGAGGUAAAGGGUCCGGUAAAGGUACAGGAUAUGAUGGAAGUGGGGUAGAAGAUCGAACUGGCCAACAAGAGGCUGAAGAAGCUCAAAUUGCUUCGGACGCUAAGACUGCUCUUCUCCUCUCGCAAGUGCGGGUGUUUCUGCCUGAUCUCAAUAGACCAGGAGGUGCGAAAACUUCAGAUCAUCUCGUCCACCCUACUGCUUUGGCGCAUUUGAGAAGGAGAAGUGCUUUCGUAAAUGACCUGCUUCGGAAUGAUUCUCUCUUGGACAUGUCGAAAAGAUCAGAUUUAUAUAGAGCCCUGUUUGAUUGGUUAGAGAUCGUAUCGAACCAUGAAGCUUUAGCUAGUAUGUUAGCUAUGCCUCAGAUGCGACCCAUCUCAGGUGAACCUUUGCCCCAAGAUCCUCGUUCUAUUACUGUAACGUAUGAAGGCGCCUCAUCACCUAGGGAGUUAUUGGAAAAUUGCGUUAUACAAGCUCAGGCAGCUUUGAAGGGGUUGAAAGCCGUUGAUAAUAUAUCUAGAACCACUGAAGAUGUUAUGAUGACGGAAGAAGACCUGAGGAUAAGUAAAGCUGAAUUAGCAAGAAGGGAAAGGGAGAAAAGACAAGAAGAGAAACAGGAUGCUAAUUAUCAAUUAAGAAGUUUCUGCGAGCGUAUUGUCGCUUCCGCUCAGACGAUCGAUAAAUCUCUGAUUGAGACUAAAGGUAAACCGUUUGUGGACAGAAUGAGAGAAUCGUUGCCUAGAUUACCAGAGACUGGCGUAUCAGUGGAGGAGAAUGUAUCUCAAGGUCAAACUGAAGAAUCUACCAUCAAGAUAUACGAGGAAUGGGCAGGAAGAGCAAGAUUUCAGUAUUGCGACUUGACGGAGGAAGCUACGUCUACAAGCGAUAGAAAGGUUUAUAGACAUGCUUUCAACGGAUCGAUACAAUCGCUGGAAGGGAUGGAUAUGCCUAAAAGAUCAUUAGCGAUAGCGAAAGAAUUAGCCAUCCUGACCACCUCUCUUCCAGUCGCAUGGCAUUCGACAAUAUUCCUGAGAGUUGACGAGACUCGAGUAGACGUAUUGAAAGCUAUGAUCAUUGGACCUGAGGGUACACCAUAUGAAAAUGGCUGUUUCAUCUUUGAUAUUUUCCUUCCGUUGGAUUAUAAUCAACGUUGUCCGAAUGUCAAGUUUAUGACUACGAAUGGGGGGAGGUAUAGGUUGAAUCCUAAUUUGUAUGCUGAUGGGAAAGUCUGUCUGAGUCUUCUGGGCACAUGGUCAGGACCAGGUUGGAUAUCUGGUCAAUCUACUUUACUUCAAGUUCUGAUUUCUAUACAGAGCUUGAUCCUCUGCGAAGAACCGUAUACCAAUGAACCUGGAUGGGCAAACGAUGCUGGGACAUCGGCAAGUAAAGCGUAUUCAGCGAAUGUCCGACGAAUGGUUUUGGUUGAUGCUAUGGGAAAUAACAUCAAAAAUCCUCCUUAUCCUUUCGAGAAUGAGAUCAAAACACACUUCAGAUUGAAGUCGAAAUCCAUCAGGCAGCAAAUCGAGAAAUGGAAGGAGCUCGACGAUGGAAAGGGUAUCUCAGGUGAUAGCUUCAUGGUUUUAACUGGCGAUAAGAGUCGAUCGUUCGAUUCGGAUUCUAAGGAUCUGUUGAAACUCCUGGAUCAGCUUGAUAGUGGCAACUCUACCAUUUCUCCGAAUAUAGCUGCAGGUUUGACGAGUAAGGGCAAAAAUUCCGAUGGUAAAGAUCAAGCGAAGGGAGGUAAAUUGGCGAGAACCCUUGGGUUCAAGAAGUAA